UGUUGGUCAUUUCCCUCGCAUUGAGUGCGCUCUCCUAGGGUUCGUAUGAAAUCGAGGCGCUGGCUCGUCUAGGGUGUCGUAGUCUCAGGGUGGAGGCUAGAAUCUCCUGGCGGUGGCGUUGCGGCAGGGUAUAAUGGCAGGCGACGAGAAAGAUCGAUCGAUUGUUCCCUUCAGCCGCGCGGCGCUCGAUGGCGAGGCUCGAUUCAGGCAGUGCUGCGAGGCAAGGCUCGCUUUGGAUGAAAUACGCAUGGAGAAAGCUGUGGCGCUGUUUCGCGCAAUCACAUCGCUCAAGGAUUCGUCCGUGCUCGGUGGCUCGGCAGAUGAGGCCGAGCGUAUUUGGAUGGCAUGCAUUCUAUAUGUCUUGAAGAAGCUGGAUAGGAAUGAAACUCACACCUUUACGGUGUCGCAAGUUCUUCGUGCGACCAAUGUGAGUAUUGUCGAGUUUUUCAGGGAGCUUCCACAGUUCUUAGAAAAAUGCACGGCAACUCUGAAUGACCUUUACGGGGUAGAGUUCCAGGAACAUCUUCAGGCUAAGGAAGACCAAGCAACCUUCGUGCACUUGAUGGUUCUGUUCAAUCACUACAAUAGGAAUUAUCUGGAUUACUUUAAGCCGCAAAUGUUAAGUGAUGGGACGAGCACUGGUCAGCAACAUUUUGGCUGGUUUUUCUUCCUGGCUGUGCGGAUGCGCGUCCUCGGGCAAUUUCCUGAUCUUGUUACGUGUACGAACGCGCUUCUGGGUGUCAUUGUCGUCAUGAUUGUUCAUAUGCCGGUGUCGUUGCGAUCCUUUUCAUUGGAGAAUACGUCUCUCUUUCCGAAAAGGGAUGACAAGGGGGUGAACCUUGUAGCGUCUAUCUCCAGCGUCGGAGAUGCUUGUGAAGGUGAUGUUAUGUCGAUGCUCCAAAAGAUUCAAGAAAUGAUUCCGACCGUUUUCCCAAGUCUAUCCGGCAUAGGCGACUCCAGUGCUGUUAGCAACCUGCAAGGUUUCAAUUGUGACGGCAUAUUGUAUUUUGAGGGCCUGCUCGAAGACCAUAUGCUAGGCACACAUCUGCAAAUUCUGGAGAGGCUGUGUGAAGUUGUGGAAGGCGGAACAGUUAAAAUGCCAACGCCAUCGUCAUCUGAAGCAGUUAGAAUGCCGCCGCCGACACCUGUUAGCGUAACUAUGACGACAGCAAAGUGGUUACGGACCGUUAUAGCACCAUUACCCGCCGAACCAAGUAUAGAAUUACUAGAUUACCUCAAGUCGUGUGACCGAGACAUAACGGAAGAGGUGACGCACAGGGGCAAAGCGUUACUGGAAGCAAUAUUUCCCGUUUAUCCCCAAGGCAGCUGGAGGGCCACUCUCCACAGCAGUGGGAGCUCGGAAUGGACCGUACAAAGAAGAUCGGAGGCCUCGAAGCUUUACUACAGAGUUCUAACGGCGCUUUGUCGGGCCGAGUUCCUGAGACUUCAGAGCAAGAAUUUGACAUCGGUGCUGACAAGCGAGAAGUUUCACCGGUGCAUGCUGGCCUGCUCUGCUGAGUUGGUCCUUGCGGCACACAAGACCAUCAUUCUGGCGUUUCCUGCUGUUUUGGAACCGACUGGCAUAACUGCGUUCGACUUGAGCAAGGUGAUAGAGUCUUUCGUAAGGCACGAACCAACUUUGCCAAGGGAGCUGAAACGACAUUUAAACUCUAUCGAGGAACGGCUUUUAGAGAGCAUGGCCUGGGAGAAGGGGUCGUCGAUGUAUAACUCGCUGGUGGUUGCUAAGCCCAGGUUCGCACCUGACAUACGACGUCUGGAACUUAUCAGUGAACCAUUGCGAACGUUGGAACCGUUGAUACCGUCUUAUUCGCAAGGAGGGACGUCCAAAGGGGAAGACAUGGCAGCUGAAUCAAAUUCACCGACCGAGGCUAUGCAUGAGAUCGUAAUGGUCGUGUUCUUUCAGAAGGUGUUGAAGCUCGCCGCUAGCCGAAUCAAAGUUCUCUGUGAACGCCUUAUGCAGCCUAGUUUCGUCGUGGAGCACAUUUUCCAGGUUGUUGAGUACGCUCUGAAUCGGACAACUAUCUUUUUCAACCGGCACAUUGAUCAAAUUCUACUGUGUAGCACGUAUGGCGUAUGCAAGGUCUUGAGCCUUAACGUCAGCUUUAAAGACAUUAUAUUCCAGUACCGGAAGCAGCCUCAGAGCCGAAAUCAUGUUUUCAAGAGUGUUUAUCUCAAACACCGGGGAGGGAUUGCCGAGACGGGAGAUAUAAUCAAAUUUUACAAUACUGUUUUUGUUCCUGCUGUGAAGUCAUUUUUAGUGACAAUCGCUCCACCUUCGGUGUCUAUGACUGCAAGCCAAAGUGAUGUGGCAGACGAAAACACAGCGCCUAACUCACCUCCACGGCCAUCUGUCCUCCCAGCCAUUCCCGACAUGUCUCCGAGAAAAGUAUCUGCCAGGCACAAUGUGUAUGUCUCCCCUCUUCGAAAUACAAAGGUUGAAAACAUCAUGUCCCCACACUCAAAAAGUUUGUAUGCUUGUGUUGGCGAAAGUACUCACGCAUACCAAAGCCCUUCGAAAGAUCUUACUGCAAUUAACUGUCGCUUAAAUUCGUCAAACGGGCGAAGGCUUGAUUUCCUGGGGCCAUCUAUGAUCAGUGACUCUUUUGUUAGUGGAGCCUUAACCAACAACACUGAGGCGGCAGCCAACGCCCCGAACAACGAUGCGAACGUCGAUCAAGGCGUACCAAACGACAACCAAAGUCCAAUUCCAGAUCCUCAGUCUCCUCCAGGGAAACGUCCGAGGCUCGAAUAAUUUUGAACUCAAAAGAGACGAUAUUAUGUACAAGAUUUCAACGGACACGUGCACCUUCACAUAGUCUCGGCAAUACUCUUUAGUGAGGGCCUCCAUGGCUUCGCAAUCGACAUGCCCAUUCCUAGCUCACGGGCAUCUGGAAAGGUUUGGAACUGCACAACGAGGAAGGAACAGAAUCAUAUGGUGGA